CAAUUUCAGACUUCUUCCUGGCUUUAAACUCUUUAUAUGUUAUUUGCAAAUACCUGAGUAUUCCCCUUUUUGAAAUACUCGGGUAGCAGAUUGCGAAUAUUUACUCCGAACUGAGCUUGAAAAGAUUGCCCAGACACUUGCACCAGCCGCUCCAAUGAAGACGGAGCCUCCACCUCCUGGAACCAGUCCUCUUCCUCCCUUGGUAUUCAUGCCAGCCCAGUCUUCUCGCACGUCGGGUCCAGCACCAACUUCUGUCCCUCGUCCGACUCAAAAGCUUUCAACUGCAGAAUCUGAAGCAUCGAGUAGCGCACCUUCCUCGAAAGCUCCCGCUUUCCCCCUUCCUAAGCUCCGACUCGAAAUCCGAGAUCUCAACCAUGCUGGCGCCGAAGCCUUCCUCCAGGCUGUUAUAGCCAGUAAUGCACUCUCAGUGUCUGUCAAAAGCGUGCUCGAACUCCUAUACCACUCACCCGACUCGCCUACAACUACGGUUCCUCCCACCCGCUCAGUUACCCUUAUACUGAGGCCAAUGGACGGGGUGGCAUACACAACUGGCAGCGAUUUAGAUAGCGAUCAUAAGGAGAUCCACUUCUCUUUGGACUACAUCCGCAAGUCUAUUUCUCAUGAACGAAAAACCGACGAAAUCAUGGGCGUUCUCACACAUGAGAUGGUACAUUGUUAUCAGUACAAUGCAUUCGGAACAUGCCCAGGGGGUUUGAUCGAGGGAAUUGCAGACUGGGUUCGGUUGAACGCAGAUUUGAGUCCCCCACAUUGGAAGAAAGAGGCAACUGGAAAGUGGGACGCUGGAUAUCAACAUACAGGCUAUUUCUUGGAAUAUCUGGAGCAAAGAUUUGGAAAGGGCACAGUCAGGAGGAUGAACGAGAAGUUAAGGAUCCAAAAAUACGAAGAGAAGAGAUUUUGGACAGAAUUGUUAGGACGGCCGGUUGAGCAGUUGUGGGGAGAUUAUUCCGAUGCAGUUGAAAAGGAGACAAAGACCGAGGACGACGAGGAGUGUGUGAUAGUUGAGAAGCUUGAUGCAAGCACGCCAAAAAGCGUGGAAGAAUCAGCCACACCAGCUACAAAGCUGGAAGAUGAGCAAUAGUCUUCGAAGUAAAUGCGCGAAACGAGAGACUUCAAAACUCCACUCAGGGUGGGCUUUGGAUAUUGCCGCGUUAAAACUCGUGAUAGGGAAUUAGAGGAUUGGGACGACCAUGCUAAGCAGCACAGAAUCAUCUUUCUGCCACGUACUUCAAUGCAUUACAUUCCUCAAUUCACAAUUCUCAAACAAGGC